AUGGCAACGCCAGCCUCAUUACCAAACCCGGCGCGGGAUGCGCAAGAUCUGCCAAACGGAUCUAUCAAGGAAGCAUACGAACAAGGCCAUGACGCAGAUAGAAAGGUUCCGGAGGAAUCAUUCUCACAAGACCCAGAGAAGGGAGUCGAUAGUCACGCACAUUCAACACACACAGACGAGCGAACAUUAUCCGGCGACGUACCACCAGAACAAGAACGAGACCCCAACAUAGUCGACUGGGAUGGACCAGAUGACCCCGAAAACCCCCAGAACUGGCCGGCUGGAAAGAAAUGGGGUAUCAUCGCAGCUCUCGGUGCAUGCACUCUCAUUACACCACUCGCGUCCUCCUUCUUCGCACCCGGCGUACCACAAGUACUCCGUGCUUUCAACGAAACCUCCAACAUCAUGGCCUCGUUUGUCGUCUCCGUUUACAUCUUGGGAUUCGCCAUCGGGCCUCUGAUAAUAGCGCCCAUGUCCGAACUAUACGGACGCAUGCAUUUGUACAACAUAUGCAACGUCCUCUUCGUAAUCUUCAACAUUUGCUGCGCAGUAUCGAAUUCAAUGGGCAUGCUAGUUGCCUUUCGUUUCUUCGCUGGCUGUGCUGGAGCUGCGCCCCUGACCAUCGGUGGCGGCACAAUCGCAGACAUGUUCCCUCCGCAACAAAGAGCAGGUGCAAUGGCUAUCUGGGCCGUAGGCCCACUCCUCGGCCCCGUGAUUGGUCCCGUAUGCGGAGGUUUCCUUGUCGAGCAUCAAUCCUGGCGCUGGGUAUUCUGGAUCCUAGCCAUCUUCGGUGGAGUCUUUGGCGUCCUGCUCUUCUUCGUUGGCCGCGAAAGUUUCCAUCCCACUCUCCUCGCUCGCAAAACAAAGGCCCUACAAAAGGAAACCGGAAACAUGAACCUCCGCUCGAAACUCGCGCAGGAUCUGCCGCCAAGAGAGAUCUUCAUUCGUGCUAUUGUUCGUCCGAUGAAGAUGCUCUUCCUCUCUCCCAUCGUUGGCCUUAUGUCUCUCUACGUCGCUGUGAACUAUGGUAUCUUAUACCUCUUCUUCACAACCGUGACGUUCGUCUUCGAGGGUCAAUACCGCUUCUCCUCCGGCGCUGUUGGAUUAUCUUACAUUGGUGUCGGCGUGGGCAUGUUCAUCGGUAUGAUCGCCCUUGGUAUUGUAUCCGACAAAAUUAUCGUCAAGCAACAAGCUAAAGGCAACGUCAAACCUGAACAUCGCCUCCCUCUCAUCCUUACUAUGCCUGGCGCCAUUGGACUACCUGUUGGCGUCUUCGUGUACGGAUGGACGACUUAUUACAAGGUUCAUUGGAUUGUUCCCAUCAUCUUCACGUCGUUCAUCGGUCUGGGUAACCUGACGGCUAUGAUGACUAUUCAAACUUAUCUCGUCGAUGCGUUUACUAUCCAUGCCGCGUCUGCUAUCGCCGCAAACACUGUUCUCCGCUCUAUCUUCGGUGCAUUCUUACCGCUUGCCGGAUUGAACAUGUACGAUGCUUUGGGUUUGGGCUGGGGUAACUCACUGCUUGGUUUCAUCUCGGUGGCUUUUAUUCCGGUGCCGAUUUUAUUCAGAUACUACGGUGAGCGGAUCAGAACAAAUCCGAAGCUGCAGGUGCAGUUUUAG